AUGGCAAUGAAACUCAUCUUGUUAUUGUUUGUUGCUGUUACUCUUGUUGUCUUUGUUCCUGUUGUGACUAUCAGACCUCUCAAAACCGAUAGAGCUCUCUACACUAAACUUAUCACGGAAUCACAUACUGAACCACAAGAGGAAAUUGUCAAUACACAUAAUGCCUUCAGGAGAAAAGUGUCCCCACCAGCCAAGAACAUGCUGAAAAUGAGUUGGAGUUCAGAUGCUGCAGAAAACGCUAGAAUCUUGGCGAGGUACUGUGACAAGUCAGAGAGUGAAUCUCUUGAGAGGAGACUACCAAAUACAUUUUGUGGAGAAAAUAUGCUUAUGGAACAUUAUCCCUCUUCCUGGUCAAAAGUAAUUGAAAUCUGGUACAAUGAGUCCAAAUACUUCAAAUAUGGAGAAUGGCCAUCUACAGAUGAUGACAUCGAAACGGAUCACUACACUCAGAUGGUCUGGGCCUCUUCCUACCUCAUUGGUUGUGAUGUUGCAUCAUGUCGCAGGCAAAAGGCAGCUACAUAUCUCUAUGUGUGUCACUAUUGUCAUGAGGGAAAUAAUCAAGACACACUAAAUAUGCCUUAUAAGGAGGGCUCGCCAUGUGGAGACUGUCCAAACAACUGUGAAGAUGGAUUGUGCACUAACCCCUGCCUUUAUUAUGAUGAAUAUAACAACUGUGAUAAGCAGGUAAAACUUUAUGGAUGCUCACAUCCAGCUGUCAAGCCAUUCUGUAAGGCUUCUUGUCUGUGUAAAACUGAAAUAAAAUAA